UUCUCGAGCCGGAUGUCGACUGCAUCCCUGAUCCUGGUGACAUCCUUGUCUCUGGUGCUGACGGGAGCCGAUGCCUCCCUGCCCAGGGGGGUGUACAACGUACCCCUGGACGCCAAAGCGAGGCACAACCUCUUCUGGUCACUCGACUACGACAAACAACUCGUGAAGUUCGAGGCGCACGUCAGACUCGAAGACGACCAGUGGUUCGCGGUUGGCUUCUCGGACAGAGGGACGCACGAAAACGGUGACUACUGCAUUAUCUACCCUGACAAAUUUCAGCGGCUUCGCAUCGCUGAUAUAUCAACAGAUGAUAAAUGCCUUGUGACAGUUGAUGAACAACAGGAUUGCAAGAAUUUCGCGAGUAAAAGAUACGGUUACAUGACAAAAAUAACAUUCACAAGGGCUUUUGACACAUGCAACAAAAACGAUUAUAAAAUAGAGGAAGGUACGACUCAUAUAGUAUGGGCGAUAGGCGUUACAUUUCAGAAUAAAAGAAAGCUCUGUGACCAGAUUCAGGAAGGCAUGGUAAGGACACAACUGCUGAAAAACACGAUGGACAACCCUGUGCUCCCACCAAUGACAUGGUCGUAUGCAGCGACAGCUCCGACAGUCCGGGUGCCGGGCGUUGAAACAACAUACUGGUGCUAUUUAGUCAAACUGCCCCAGCAACUUGACCAGAAGCACCACAUAAUAAAGUUUGAGCCUAUUAUUACAAGAGGGAAUGAAGGACUUGUCCAUCACAUGGAGCUGUUUCACUGUGAGAGCGAGGAUGUUAAUGCAAUACUUUCUCAGUACUCAGGACCCUGCGAGAAGAAACCAAAAGAACUGGAAGUUUGCAAAAAGGUUCUAGCCGCUUGGGCCAUGGGUGCAACACCUUUUUAUUACCCUGAGGAAGCGGGCUUACUGGUUGGAGGAAGAGACUAUUCAAAAUAUGCAAUGCUUGAAGUUCAUUAUAACAAUCCUUCCCUGAAGGCAGAUUGGGUAGAUAACAGUGGCCUGAGGAUUUUUCUGACGAGGAAUCUUAGAAAAUACAAUGCUGGAGUCAUAGAACUCGGCCUGGAAUAUAUAGACAAAAUGGCAAUUCCACCUCAACAAGAUGAGUUUACUCUCAGUGGCUACUGUAUAGCAGAAUGCACUGCUGUUGCUUUACCGCAAGUUGGAAUUAUGAUAUUUGCAUCACAGCUUCAUACACAUUUGACAGGGGUGAAAGUAGAAACCAGCCAUAUCAGGAAUGGAGUCGAACUGCCCAAAAUCAAUUACGAUUACCACUACAGUACACACUUCCAGGAAAUCAGAUUGCUUAAGCAACAGCACCACAUACUUCCAGGUGAUGCUCUUGUCACGACAUGCACUUACAAUACAGUUGACAGAUCGAACAUCACACUCGGAGGGUUUUCCAUAACGGAUGAAAUGUGUGUCAACUACAUUUAUUACUACCCUAAAAUUAAUCUUGAAGUAUGCAAGAGUUCAAUAUCAGAUUUUGCCCUUAAAGAAUACUUUGACAACUUAAAUCGAUUGGAAUGGCAAAAUACAGGCAGUGAAUUGCCUAUUUCUAAGUCUUACGUUGGCAUCGAGUGGAACCCGCUUAGAUCCAAAAUCCUUCACCGUCUUUACCUUGAGUCGCCAAUUUACAUGCAAUGCAAUCAGUCAAAUGGAGAGCGUUUCCCAGGAGAUUGGGCGAACAUGCCAACCACCACAGUCAGAACAGCCCUUCCUAUCAAAGAGUCACAGUGUUUCCAUAAAGAGAACUAUGUUAUGUUUUAGAAACUAUGUAGUAGAAAAAUAUGCUUAUUCAUGAAUUCAUUUGGAAAUUUUAAUUGAAGUUCUCUUCUACCCUCUGCACUCUUUAAGAAUUUAAAACAUUUUAUAUUAUUAUUUUCAUAACGAUAAAGAAAUAAUAUAACUUGUAUAUAUGCAAGUUCCCUAAAA